CGGACCGCGAUAAAGAAUCAAAUCUCAGAUAUUUGAACAGACCAUGGUUGCCUCAAGAGAGAACUUUCUGGAUCGUCCUCUUAUUCCCAGGAAUUCAGAGGCAUAAUCUCACCUCUUCCACCCAACAGAAUUGCCCCCCUCCAUCCAACCUUCCUCCCCCUCUGUUUUACCCCAGGAUUUCUUCUCCCCGAUGCGCGCCAAACUCUCGCUAUGAAAUCCUCUUCAAACAAACACUUUUGCUGUACCAUCUGCCAGCGAGGUUUCACCCGCAUUGACCAUCUAAAGCGCCACCAUCUCCGCCAUUCCGGAGUGAAACCAUACUCAUGCGUUUUCUGCAAUGAAUCAUUCGCCCGUUGCGACAAUCUCCGAGACCACUACUCGGACUGCGCCCAACGAGGAGACCGAAAGAUCCCCGAAACCGGACAGAGAGGAAGAAGGCGUCAUGCAUGCGAAUCGUGUACAUCGAUGAAACUGCGAUGCGAUGGCUUACGACCUUGCGGUUCAUGCCAGAAAAGGAAUCUACAUUGCAAUAACGAGCGCAGCCAAGUAAAAGAUCACGAAUUGGAAGGAUCGGCAUCGGCCAGGAACGACGACCCGGAACCAUCGUCAGACCGGGGAUCUAUUAAAUUCCUUCUCAACGGAGGUACAGACACUUUCACAGAGCACUGGAACCUUCCUCCUAGCAAUGACCGAACCCGCAGUCUCGAGUUUCACAAUCAGAAGAAUUUGGAGGAAACAAACAGCUCCAUACUGGGAUAUUCGACAAAGGAGGAUUACCCGGAUUAUGCACCUGCGUUCGUUGAAUCAGACCCAGCAGCAUUAUCUUUCUUCCAGGAAACAUUUCUCGAUUUCUUCAAUGGUCCGUUCGGCGAUCCGCACAGGUCGCUCAACGAUCCCUACACGGGCGGGAUGACGUACCCGUCCAUUGCGCCCUCUGUGCAAGAUUCCCAUUCCAAGUUGGCUGGACAACAACCCUCGGGUUACGGACAUGAAGGUCCAUUUGCGACUGCCAUGAUACAGGCGAUUCUGACGAGGGUCUGGACCCUCCAUCUCGAUACGAAGAUCAAAGAGGAGAUUUCGGAUAAGCUGAACUUUCUACUAACACCUAUACGCAUGCGGAAAUACAUGGCAUUGUAUUUUAAGUACUGGCAACCCAACUGUCCAAUGAUCCAUGUGCCAACGUUUGACCCGAGGACCGUGUCGUUGUCGCUUCUCACAUCGAUUUGCUUCCUGGGCGCCAAGUACACGGAGGAUAAGAUAGAGCUGGACGCCGCACAGCGACUAGUUGACUUUGCAGAGCUGUUUGUCUUUUCCAACGGGAUUUUCUCAUGCGAGAAUGAGAUCGGUUCGAUGUAUUGCGGGGCCCAAAAUGUCGACGACGAACCUAGUUGCUGGGUCCAGUUCCAGAAUCUACAAGCUGCGUUCCUCAUGGUAGUCUGUCAGUACUGGUCAGGAAGCCGCGCAUCGCGCAAUCGUGCAAUGGAGAAUCGGUUCGGAGAAGUCGUCAAGGUCGCACGCAGGAUGGGUCUGCUCACGUUUCGACAUGGGCCCGAGGAACGUCUCGAUGAGUACUUGUGGAUACAGAGAGAGUGUCGUAUACGAGCCAUCAAUUUUAUCUCUCUUCUGGACUGUGCAUUCUCGUUCUAUUCGAACUAUCCUUGCCGUUUGUAUCAUACGGAAAUGGAAUGUGCAUUGCCUUGCGUGGAGUCCGUAUUUGAAUCAGCCCGUCCAUUCCAAGAACCGAACUUCGAGCUUUCCCGUGAGAUCACUCUCUCCGAAGCUUUCCAGAAGUUAUUCGACGAAGAGAGUAGUCGAGCCACAACACCCUCCACCCCGGGUUCUACCGUUGCAGGAACUCUCGCAAAACUCACUCUCAUGGACACGUUCAUGCUAAUUCACUUGCUUUACGCUUUCAUAAACACACACAUGACACUUCUCGCUACGAUAAUGCCAAAAGUCCGGGCACCACAGUCUCAGCCAAUGCUCAAUCGUGGGGCUCAUAAUUAUCAUUCUGCGCUACCGGAUGAUUCCACGCUAGCUUCCAUCCGCAUAGCGCUCUCUCGCUGGCACGAUCACUGGACGAGGCUGCGCAAUACGGCCUCCAGUCAUGAAUGGGCCUCAAUGGGCUUCUACAAGAAUGGCUACCACUUCUGGCUUGUGUCACAGCUUCUGAUCACCAAGAAGGAGAGCGUGGACGUGGUGAUGCGCAUGGAAGUGAAGUGCGAGGACAAGCUAGAGAAGCUCAAAGUCCUGCUGAAGGACGACAACGAAUGAUACUUGACGGUUGAGUCGCACCCGAGCGACUCAUUCUGUUUUAAUUGUAUUCUUAAUUGCGCUUUAUUGGACAGGCGCUCGGUGUAUGCAUGAUGACACGGGUGCAUGAUUGUACGAUAUAUUUAGAGCAUUUUGGCGUUACGAGUACAUAUACCUAGUUAGAGGCAUGUUUUUACAUGCCAUAUCAUAGAGCUGGAGGUAGAUCUUUCG